UGUAUUUGCACUGAAAAUCCACCAGGCCAUUGUUAUACAUCAGCGGCCCAGGAGCAAAGUAAAGAUGUCAGAUCAUCAGAACAGAUACUUUCUUUACUUUGCAGUUAUAUCAGUCAACUUAUUGGCCUUUUCCCUUGCGGGUGCAUUCUCUUGGGGAUCUCCAACUCUACCAAAGCUGACGAGCAGUGAUGCUGAAAUAAACCCGUUGGAAGCUCCCAUAACUGUUUUUGAGGAGGCAUGCGUCACUUCAAUUCUCUUUAUAUCAAGUAUUAUAGGAUCCACAAUAUCGAUAGUUAUAGCGGAAUUGCUGGGAAGAAAGAAGACUUUGAUUAUAAUGGCUUUACCGAUGUUAGCAGGAUAUGCAUUGAUGGCAUUCGCAACGAAGAUAAAUUUGUUUUACAUAGCAAGAUUUAUGCUAGGGAUAACUGUCGGGACGGUACUCUCCGUGUUACCCAGCUACGUUGGUGAAAUAGCUGAAGAUGAGAAUCGUGGUAUCCUUGGGGCUGUGAUGGGCAUAUCUGUAGCCGUAGGUCAUCUGUUCACAUACGCAGUUGGGCCUUUUCUGAGCGUGAAAGCAUUCAGCUUGGUUCAACUAGUACCGUUAAUAUUAUUUUAUAUCACAUUUGUCCCUUUCGUUCCUGAGAGCCCCUAUUAUCUAUUGGCUGUUGAUGGAAAGAAUAGGGCAGAAAAAUGUCUGAAAAAGUUGAGAGGUGGAGAAGAAAUCACUGUCAUUCAGAAGGAAUUGAUAUACAUAGAAAAAUGUGUAAAAGAUUCCCAGGCUAAUAAAACCCAUGUGAAGGAUAUGUUCAAAUCUAGGGCUUUCGUGAAGGGGUUGACAAUAUCUGUUGGGUUGCAAGCUCUUCAGCAGCUGAGCGGUAUUGGUGCUGUUCUGGCGUACAUGCAGACUAUAUUUGAAUCUAGUGGCAGUACGAUUCCGUCAAGUGUCGCUCCCAUUCCACCAGCUGUUGUCCAAAUAAUGAGUAAUAUCAUCAUAAUUUUUCUAGUUGAUCGAUUAGGAAGGAAACCACUCCUUAUUAUUUCUGGAUUGGGUAAUUCUCUUUCACUAAUUUCCUUAGGAACUUAUUUCUUUUUGAAAAAUAAUGAGUUUGAUGUCGAUGCUAUUUGGUGGCUUCCAAUCUGUAGUUUGAUAAUAUUCUUUUUCUUCUUCAAUAUGGGGUUCGCAUCUUUGCCCUGGACUAUUUCUGGUGAAAUAUUCUCUCCUAACGUAAAAUCAUUGGGUUCUAGUAUUUCCUCUUGUUCCUGUUUAAUUACAGUCUUUUUAGUAACUCUGGUUUUUCCAUAUAUAUCUAUAAUUCUAGAUAUGUCUGGGAGUUUCUGGUUAUUCAGUGGUUUCACACUUCUAAGUGUCAUUUUUGUAGUAUUAGUUCUACCUGAAACUAAAGGAAUUAGCAAUUUAGAAAUACAAAAAAUUUUAGGAGGAGGAAAUAGCAGGAAUGAAUACGUGAAAUAAUGUUAAAAAAAUCUGUCGUGAUGUGGUUAAAUGAAAUAUUUGACUGCAAGAAUAACUUAUUUCAUAGUUGUGAAAUAUACCAGAUGAAAUUUGGAUGUCGCUAAGUGAAUAUGGAAAAAUCUUAUUUUUCAAUUUGAUGUGAUGGUGAUACUGACAUGCUUGACAUGCUUGAAAAAGAGUUACACUCUGCAUAUUACUUUUCAGAGUUUGGAUCACAUUCGGUAUAUUUUAAGGUUUCAUUUUCACAAAUAGAUACUUAAUUUAAUUCAAUUUUUGAAAACACAGUUCGAGCCUUUCUUUGCUUUUGGUUUUGAAUAAUGGGUUCUUUUCAGUUGAAGGAUUGAAUUCAAUAGUUUGCAAUUGUUAGGCUUCAUUUAGAAUCGAAGAAAUUCAUUAAAUAUGUAUCAUUGACGAUUUAAUAAAUUCUAAUAAUUUUU